AUGCGCUGCAUUAUUCAACCUUCCGCUUCCUCCAAAAACCUCAUCCUAACAGACUCCCCUCUCCCAACCCCGAAUCACGCACAGGGAGAACAUCUCAUCCAAAUAAAAGCCUGCAGUCCUUGCGCCGGCGAACUCCUCUGGCCGGCAAAUUUCCCCCCGUCUACAGAGCGCACUCUCAUCCCAUGUCCAGACAUGGCGGGAAUCGUCAUCUCAGCACCGGAAGACUCGCCCUUCCAGCCAGGCGAUGAAGUAUACGCGCGCACAAACUACGUCCGACCAGGAAAUGGGCGGGAAUAUUCCAUCGCCGUUACCGAUGAAUUGGCCCACAAACCUAAGGAUCUAAGCUGGGUCCAGGCCGCGGCGGUUCCUGUCUCCGCCGAGACGGCUUGGCAGGUUCUUUUUGUUCAUGCUCUUGCUACCGAAGCAAAUGGAGAAGAGAUGGAUAUGGAGACUGCCAAGACUGCUUGGGCUGGGAAGAAAAUUCUUGUUACUGCUGCUUCUGGUGGUGUGGGUAUCUGGCUUGUGCAGUUGGCUACUUUGUUAGGUGCGGAGGUGGUUGCGACGUGUGGUCCUCGGAAUGUGGAGUUUGUGAGGUCACUUGGUGCGAAGGAGGUGCUUGAUUAUCGGGUUGUGGAUGUGAAAGAGUGGGCACAGGUGCCUUCGAAUAAGGUGGAUGUUGUUGUGGAUUGUAUCGGGGGGAAGGCUCUUGAAGAUGCGUGGUGGACUGUGAAGGAUGGUGGUGUUGUGCUGAGUAUCUUCCGGCCACCUGUGCAGGAUCGUCCUGAUAGCUUUGAGGGUGCCGGUGUGAAAGACAAGUUUUUCAUUAUGCAGCCGGUGAGAAGGCAGUUGGAGGAGAUUUCGAAGUUGAUUGAGAAGGGGGUGUGUCGGGGGUUGGUGGAUAGUGUUUGGCCUCUUGAGCAGUACGAAGAGGUAUUCAAGAGAUUGGAUGGAGGACAUGCGAGGGGGAAGGUUGUCUUUGAUUUCUCGCUGAAUCACUAG